AUGGUUAAAUUCACAGCUUUGUUGACUUCAUUAGUCUUGUCAUCAGUGGUAUCUGCUGCUACACAUACUUAUAACUGGACCACAGGUUAUGAUGACCGUGACUUAGAUGGUUCAGGUGAAAAAACAAGAAUCAUUACUUGUAAUGGUGAAUUCCCAUGGCCAAAUAUUGAAAUCAACAAAGGUGAUACCGUUAACAUUUAUUUGACUAAUGGUUUCGAUGAUAACAAAAACACAUCAAUGCAUUUCCACGGUUUAUUCCAACAUGGUUCCUCACAAAUGGAUGGUCCAGAAAUGGUUACACAAUGUCCAAUUGGUCCAGGUCAAACUUUCUUAUAUAAUUUCACUGUUCCAGAUCAAGUUGGUUCUUACUGGUACCAUUCCCAUACUGGUGGUCAAUAUAUGGAUGGUAUGAGAGGUUUAUUCAUUAUUCAUGAUGAAGAUUACCCAUACAAACAAGGUGAAGAUUAUGAUGAAGAAUUAUCCUUAUCAUUUACUGAAUACUAUCAUUCAACAACUUAUGAAUUAAUGCCAAAAUUCUUAAGUUUGUAUAAUCCAACUGGUGCUGAACCAAUUCCUCAAAAUUUCUUAAUGAAUAACACCAGAAAUUUAACUUGGGAAGUUCAACCAGAUACAACUUAUUUAUUAAGAUUGAUUAACAUUGGUGGUUUCACUUCAUAUUGGUUCUUUAUUGAAGAUCAUGAAUUCGAUGUUAUUGAAGUUGAUGGUAUUCCAGUUGAAAGAAACACCACUGAUAUGUUAUAUAUCACUGUUGCUCAACGUUACACUGUUUUAUUAAAGACCAAGAAAGAUACUUCAAAGAAUUUCGCUAUUAUGCAAUUAGUUGAUACUGGUAUGUUAGAUAUUCAACCAGAUGAUUUGAUUGUUAAUGCUACUCAUACUCUUUCUUAUAACAAAGAUAAUGAAGAAGUUGAUGAAGCUUUCGUUGAUUCCUUAGAAGAUGAUGCUUUCUUAGAUGAUUUCUAUUUAACUCCAAUCAACAAAACUGAAUUAUAUGGUGAACCAGAUAUUGAAAUCUCAGUUGAUGUUGUCAUGGAUAACUUAAAGAAUGGUAUUAACUAUGCUUUCUUCAACAACCUUACUUACACUGCACCAAAAGUUCCAAUUUUAGUUUCAGUUUUAGGUGCUGGUGAUGAUGCAACCAAUGCUGCUAUUUAUGGUUCAAAUACCCAUUCAUUUGUUUUGGAUAAGGAUGAUAUUGUUCAAAUUGUUGUCAACAAUCAAGAUACUGGUAAACAUCCUUUCCAUUUACAUGGUCAUGCUUUCCAAGUUGUUGAUAGAGAUCAUUAUUCAGGUCCAGAAGAUUCUGAUGAACCAAAAGCUUAUGAUGAAGAUGACCAUGCUGAAUUCCCACAAUACCCAAUGAUGAGAGAUACCGUUUAUGUUCGUGAAAACUCCAAUAUGGUUUUAAGAUUCAAAGCUGAUAACCCAGGUGUUUGGUUUUUCCAUUGUCAUAUCGAAUGGCAUUUGGAACAAGGUUUAGCCCUUGUUUUAAUUGAAGAUCCAAAAGGUAUUCAAGAAGAUCCAAACCAACAAUUGACCGAAUCACAUAAAGCUGUCUGUGCUGAUUUGAACAUUGCAACCAAUGCUAAUGUUGCUAACAACACUGUCUUUACUGAUUUAUCAGGUGAAAAUGUCCAACAACCACCAGUUCCAUCAGGUUUCACUGCUAAAGGUUAUGUUGCAUUUGUUUUCUCAUGUGUUGCAGGUGUCUUAGGUUUAAUUACCAUUUCAAUUUAUGGUUUGAUUGAUAUCUCUAACGUUGAAGAAAAAGUUGCUAGAGAUUUAGAUAUCGAUGUUCAUAAAUUAGCUGAAGAUGAAUCAUUAUCAAAUGAAAAAAGACCAUCAUCAGAAGUUGGUGUCGUUGACGACAAUUCAAGUUCAUCCCGUAAAUAG